GGAAAAACUCUUCUUCCAGCCGGUCAUGGCACUGACAAUGGAUUCACGGGUGGGACCAUUUCUCAGAGUAGGCCUUGCUAAGCUCUUCACAACUCCUUCUGAACCUACUCACUGGGCCAGUUUUAUGAAAGUGCUGAGGUUGGACCAGAUCAAAGGGAGAAUUAUCUUCAGUGCCUUCAGCAGGUUCAGCAGCAAGGACACAAUCCAAGUCUCUUGGGAGCUCAAUUGUCUCAUUUAUCAGUGGCCAACCAGAAGCAAUUUUCGUCUCAGCAACAACAAUCUGCACUUUUGCAGCAGGUGGAUGUCAUUGUUUUGUUCAAGGAAAAAGCUUGUGGAGUGGGACGUCUUACUUCUUGGUUUGUUUGCUGGUUGUCAUAACACAAAGAAGCUGCAAUCAUUGAAGUUGACAUGUUUGGUGAGGUUGACAUAAAUGAUUACAAACAGGACCUGGGCAGCAUGUUGCAGAAGUGAGCUGAGCAGCUAUAUGAAUUAUUUUUCAUCAUGAUGUAUAAAAGCAACAAGAGAUGGAAUUAGGCUUCAAUCACUUAUGUAGUUAAAUUUUGGUCAAGCAUAUUGACUUGCUAGCAUUGUAAUAUGUACAAAGAUAGUGCUUAAUAAAAAAAUAUUGGAAGGGGGUUUAAAACCCCUUCUAAAGACUGAAGGGAAUAAUCAUUGGCCAUGGUUAUUCCUUGAGGUCGUGUUUUCUGGCACCUUAAAGAAUGGUCAAUAGGCCAAGACCAUUCUUUAAGGUUUGUGUCUCUUUUUUUUUGCAUUUUUUUUAUUAGUUUGAUUUUUAUUUAAGAAUUUAUUAAAUGGUUUAUGAAUAAUUUAU